AUGACUGUGGGCGUGACCGGGGGCGUGGGCGUGGAGGUGUGGGCGUGGAGGCGCAUAGGACACAAGGGCGUGACACUCUACGCCUUCAGGAGACAGUUGAAGUCCUCAUCAUCUUCUUCUUCUUCUUCUUCUUCUUCUUCUUCUUCUUCUUCUUCUUCUUCUUCUUCAUCCUCCUCCUCCUCCUCCUCCUCCUCCUCCUCCUCUUCCUCUUCCUCUUCCUCUUCCUCUUCCUCCUCCUCCUCCUCCUCCUCCUCCUUUUCUUCAUCAUCAUCAUCAUCAGUAGACAGUAGUAGUAGUAGUAGUAGUAGUAGUAGUAGUAGUAGUAGUAGUAGUAGUAGUAGUAGUAGUAGUUAA